GGCGCCCAGCCCUGCAGUCCCGAGCCCGAGGCGCGGCGCUGAGCGGCCGAGCGAGAGGGAGGCGAGGGGCCGCCCGCGCUGCUGUCCCCGCCCCGCGCGCCCUGCGCCCCACUUCCCGGGCGGCCGCUCGGAAGCUCAGCCCUCCUGCCUCCCCCGGCGCUGUCCGGGACUCGCCGGGAAGCGAGCAGCUGGCAAGUUUCUGCGCACGCAGGCGGCGGGCCGCGGGCACCGUGCGCUCCGGGCUCGGCGCCCCGCGCGCACUUCGGCGAUGGCUUCCCUGCCGCGGCGGCGGCUGCGCCCUCGCCCCCGCCGCCUCCUGCUCCUUCUCCCCGGAUUCCUGCUGCCUCUUUGCGGCGCCUUCAAUCUAGAUGUAGACAGCCCUGCGGAGUACUCUGGCCCCGAGGGAAGUUACUUCGGCUUCGCGGUUGAUUUCUUCGUGCCCAGCGCGUCUUCCAGGAUGUUUCUUCUGGUGGGAGCUCCCAAAGCAAACACUACCCAGCCUGGGAUCGUGGAAGGAGGGCAAGUCCUCAAGUGUGACUGGUCUUCUCACCGUGGGUGCCAGCCAAUUGAAUUUGAUGCAACAGGCAAUAGAGAUUAUGCCAAGGAUGAUCCGUUGGAGUUUAAGUCCCAUCAGUGGUUUGGAGCAUCUGUGAGGUCAAAACAGGAUAAAAUUUUGGCCUGUGCCCCACUGUACCACUGGAGGACUGAAAUGAAACAGGAGAGAGAGCCUGUUGGAACAUGCUUUCUUCAGGAUGGUACAAAGACUGUUGAGUACGCUCCAUGCAGAUCAAAAAAUAUUGAUGCUGAUGGACAGGGAUUUUGUCAAGGAGGAUUCAGCAUUGAUUUUACUAAAGCUGACAGAGUACUUCUUGGUGGUCCUGGUAGCUUUUAUUGGCAAGGUCAGCUCAUUUCAGAUCAAGUAGCAGAAAUUGUAUCUAAAUAUGACCCCAAAGUUUAUAGCAUCAAGUAUAAUAACCAGUUAGCAACUCGGACCGCACAAGCUAUUUUUGAUGACAGUUAUUUGGGUUACUCAGUGGCCGUCGGAGAUUUCAACGGUGAUGGCAUAGAUGACUUUGUUUCAGGAGUUCCAAGAGCAGCAAGGACUUUGGGAAUGGUUUAUAUUUAUGAUGGGAAAAAUAUGUCCUCCUUACACAAUUUUACUGGUGAACAGAUGGCUGCAUAUUUUGGAUUUUCUGUCGCUGCCACUGACAUUAAUGGGGAUGAUUACGCAGACGUAUUUAUUGGAGCGCCUCUCUUCAUGGAUCGUGGUUCUGAUGGCAAACUCCAGGAGGUGGGGCAGGUCUCAGUGUCUCUGCAAAGAGCUUCGGGAGACUUCCAGACAACCAAACUGAAUGGGUUUGAGGUCUUUGCAAGGUUCGGCAGUGCCAUAGCCCCUUUGGGAGAUCUGGACCAGGACGGCUUCAAUGAUAUUGCAAUUGCUGCUCCAUAUGGGGGUGAAGAUAAAAAAGGAAUUGUUUAUAUUUUCAAUGGAAGACCCACAGGCUUGAAUGCGGUACCAUCUCAGAUCCUUGAAGGGAAGUGGGCUGCUCGGAGCAUGCCACCAAGCUUCGGCUAUUCAAUGAAAGGAGCCACGGAUAUAGACAAGAAUGGAUAUCCAGACUUAAUUGUAGGAGCUUUUGGUGUAGAUAGAGCUGUAUUAUACAGGGCCAGACCAGUUAUCACUGUAAACGCUGGCCUUGAAGUGUAUCCUAGCAUUUUAAAUCAAGACAAUAAAACCUGCCCACUGCCUGGGACAGAUCUCAAAGUUUCCUGUUUUAAUGUCAGGUUCUGCUUAAAGGCAAAUGGCAAAGGAGCACUUCCCACGAAACUUAACUUCCAGGUGGAGCUUCUUUUGGAUAAACUCAAGCAAAAAGGAGCAAUUCGACGAGCACUGUUUCUCCAUAACAGGUCCCCGGGUCACUCCAAGAACAUGACCAUCUCAAGGGGGGGACAGAUGCAAUGUGAAGAACUAAUAGCAUAUCUGCGGGAUGAAUCUGAAUUUAGAGACAAACUCACUCCGAUUACUAUUUUUAUGGAGUAUCGGUUGGAUUAUAGAACAGCUGCUGAUGCGACAGGCUUGCAGCCUAUUCUUAACCAAUUCACUCCUGCCAAUAUUAGUCGACAGGCUCAUAUUCUGCUUGACUGUGGUGAAGACAAUGUCUGUAAACCCAAACUGGAAGUUUCUGUAGAUAGUGAUCAAAAGAAGAUCUAUAUUGGGGACGACAACCCUCUGACCUUGAUUGUUAAGGCUCAGAAUCAGGGGGAAGGUGCCUAUGAAGCUGAGCUCAUCGUUUCCAUCCCACCGCAGGCCGAUUUCAUCGGGGUGGUCCGCAACAGUGAAGCUUUAGCAAGACUUUCCUGUGCCUUUAAGACAGAAAACCAAACCCGCCAGGUGGUAUGUGACCUUGGAAACCCAAUGAAGGCUGGAACUCAACUCCUAGCUGGUCUUCGUUUCAGUGUGCACCAGCAAUCAGAGAUGGAUACUUCCGUGAAAUUUGACUUACAAAUCCAAAGCUCCAAUCUUUUUGACAAAGUAAGCCCGGUUGUAUCUUACAAAGUUGACCUUGCUGUUUUAGCUGCUGUUGAGAUAAGAGGAGUCUCAAGUCCUGAUCAUAUCUUUCUUCCGAUUCCAAAUUGGGAGCACAAGGAAAACCCUGAGACUGAAGAAGACGUUGGGCCAGUUGUUCAGCACAUCUACGAGCUGAGAAAUAACGGUCCGAGUUCAUUCAGCAAGGCAAUGCUAAAUCUUCAGUGGCCUUACAAAUAUAACAAUAACACUUUGUUGUACAUCCUUCAAUAUGAUAUUGAUGGGCCAAUGAACUGCACUUCAGAUAUGGAGAUCAACCCUUUGAGAAUUAAGAUCUCAAAUUCGCAAACAACUGAAAAGAAUGACACAAUUGGUGGGCAAGGUGACCGGAACCAUCUCAUCACUAAGCGGGAUCUCACCCUCAGUGAAGGAGAUGUGCACACUUUGGGUUGUGGAAUUGCUGAAUGCUUGAAGAUUGUCUGCCAGGUGGGGCGACUAGACAGAGGAAAGAGUGCAAUCCUGUAUGUAAAGUCUCUACUGUGGACUGAGACCUUUAUGAAUAAGGAAAACCAGAAUCAUUCAUAUUCUCUGAAGUCAUCUGCUUCAUUUAAUGUCAUAGAGUUUCCUUAUAAGAACCUUCCAAUUGAGGACAUCUUCAAUUCCACAUUGGUUACCACUAAUGUCACCUGGGGCAUUCAGCCAGCACCCAUGCCUGUACCUGUGUGGGUGAUCAUUUUAGCAGUUCUUGCAGGAUUGUUGUUACUGGCUGUUUUGGUAUUUGUAAUGUACAGGAUGGGCUUCUUUAAACGUGUCCGGCCACCUCAAGAAGAACAAGAAAGGGAACAGCUUCAACCUCAUGAAAAUGGUGAAGGAAACUCAGAAACUUAACUGUGAUUUUUAAGUUGUGCUACAUCCUGUCCCAUUAGAAGUACCAACUUCAUUAUAGAUUUUAAAAUUUCCUUCAUGAGGAAUAAAGUUCCAAGACUGUACUGCUGAUGGUACCCAUUGGUAUUAACCACAAAAUGAGAGCAAUAUUUGUCAACCUUUUCAUUAUAAUUAAGUUCAGACAUACAUUUAAUACACAUCCACUGACUUGUAUUUUUAGGUAUUUAAAUAAUAACAUUUCAAGUGAUAGAUCUUCUUCAAUGUACGUAAGACAGGUAGUGCCUGAGUUACCACUUUAUCUAAAAUAGUACCUCCUACAAUUAUUGUUUCUGAUUUUGUAUGUUGGAUUUUGUUUUUUGUUGUUUUUGUUGUUUUAAAGCAAUCCAAAUUUGGACCUUAGGAUCCACAUCUUUUGUAGAGUUACUUACUGUUAAUACACAUUACACUACAGUUGAGUUUUCAAGCUAACUUUAUAACUGCAUAAACUUGGAUUUUAAUAUUACCUAUAUGGUAGAACUUUAAAAAAAGAAGAAAGCAUGAUCCCAUCAAAACUCUUUCCUGUAAUAGCAAAGGUACAGUUUUUUGUUUUAAUCUGAAAAUUGAGUACAUGCUAUUAAAUUUUUAUUUAUAUUUUUAUCCACAGUCCAUUUGAUUACAUUUUAUUUUGUAUAAGUUUAAGUUCUAUUUCAAAUCCUUUAAGUCAACUUACACUAAAAAUUAGUUUUAUAAUCAAAAA